AUGCAGGAAGACGUGCUUAAACUUAUUCUUCUCGCUCUCGAUAAGGGUGCGUUGAUUGCUCGAAAAACAUUGGUCAUGUACGUGGUGCAAAUGCUGUCGGAAGACUACCCUCAGGUUUCAAAAACGUGUGUUGGACAUGUUGUGCAGCUUCUCUAUCGAGCAUCAUGCUUCAACGUUAUGAAACGUGAUGGAGAAUCCUCUUUGAUGCAGCUGAAAGACGAAUUCCGAAAUUACGAAGCGCUUCGAAAAGAACAUGAUGCACAGAUUGUGCAGAUGGCUGUUGAAUGUGGUCUGCGAAUAAGUCCGGACCAGUGGAGUGCAUUACUUUACGGUGAUCAGGCUCACCGGUCGCACAUGCAGUCCAUUAUAGAUCGGCUGCAGACACCUCAUUCGUACAUGCAAGGAAUCGACGAGUUGGCUGCAGUCGCAAGUGGGAGCGAUUCAACCUCUGGAAGUUGUGAUUUGGCGCAGAUGGCUCAGUUAUUGCGUGUGUUCGAUUCACUCCCACCGCACCAUGAACGAGUUAACUGGCACCGAUUCGCUGACUACAUAGAUGCAUUGCAGAAACUCGUCAAGGCGCAUGCUGAUUUCACAAUGAAACGCAAUGAACAACGUGCUCGCGAUGCGCAACGAUCAGCCGCAAUGCUUCGUGCGGGUCAUGCCGGUGGACUCGAUAAGGCACAUGCUUAUAAGACCAAAAUGUGCAAAGACAUCUCGCUUCGUCGUUUAUGUCCACGGGGAGCUCGCUGUACCUACGCUCAUAAUGCUGAGGAAUUGCGUGAUGCGUCCAGGAAAGACGCAGGGUCUGGCUGUUGUUCUCAGGUUCCAGUCAUCCUGUGUCCUGUGUGGUCCAGGAUGCUUCGAAGAAUGCCGCCGUUUGCCCCUACGCCUCAGCGUAUGAUGGUUGCCCUGCCUCCUCCGUAUAAUAACAAUAAUAAUAUUAAUGGAGUUUAUCAGCAUGACUCCACCUUGACGACCCUUCCACCGCUAUCGACUGCACCAAACCAUCCUCCCGCAAUGGUGCCAAUUCUUCCUGUUCCUGUGGUAAUGCCUUCUCCAACACAUCACAUACCAUCGCCUUCAACGGCACAUGGCAGUUCACCUUUGGUUGUGCUACCAGCUGGCAUUCCUCGACGCGGAAUGGUUCUAAGUAAUACCGCUUCACAUCCAACAUCGCCAAAUGGAAUUCAUUCCGCAUCUCCUCAUCACCAUUCUUUAUGGAACGCACAUCCACCUCCACCUGGAACUAUGUUUGUACCUCAUCUUAACAGUUCGCACAGUCAUCCUCACCCGCAAUUUUGGAUGCACCCGCCUCCUGCGGUGUAUACUUUUGAUCCACCUUCUGAAAGUGGUUUUGUCUGGUCAAGUGCUCAGCGACCGGAGUUGACCGUUCCUCCACCAGUGCUGUCGUCAUCUCGCACAAUGGACCAGCCGGUAGAUACCGAACAAUUGAUGAUGAAGCGAAAUGAAAUUAUAAACCGCCUUGCUCCACUGACACUGCUCGAUGAAGACGACUUUGAAGAUGGUGGUGUUGGACAUGUGUCAUACACAGUUGCCUCUUCAGUACUCGAUGAGAGGGGUGAACUGCAUCCUGUGACUUUGGUGAUGGGCCCACCUGCUCUAGAGCUUCCUCCACUUCCCGCAGCAAAUUUGUCGACGGUACCUCUACCAGCGACCGCAUCUGAAGGGACAAUAGCAGUGAUUGGUGAUAUUGCAAUGGCGACCGGAUCCCGACCUCGUACCCAAAGCAUUCCGUUGGUGCAGUUCAACAAAUGUGUCGUUGCACCAGUGCACAUGUGUGCUGUUCCGGUAGCAUUUGAUGCUGGAGUAGCUGGAGAACGUAUUGGGACCGUUAUUCGACCUGUAACACUAGCUCAUCCACAGGAUAUGGUAUCUAGCAGCCUGGAUAAGAUCGUAGACGUCAAGGAGAGGUUGAGCGAGGCGGAAGGUUUGGGUCUAUUUACUUUUGUUUUUAAUUCGUCUUUUGGAACACCAAAAUAUUGUUAA